AUGUCUCAGUGCCCUCACUGCUUCGUGGGGCAGUGCCAGAGGCACAAGCUGCAGGACCACGGCAAGCGCGAGCUCCUCCUCAAGUCCAAGAUGGUUGACCCCAAGGCCGCCCAGCAGAGGCUGUUCGACCGCGUGGUGACAGCGCAACUCGACAAGCUGGAGGCCGCUGCGCGAGGCGCCAACGCAGGAGACCAGGAGAUCUACAAAGCAAGCGUGUCCAAGGCGCGCGACCGCGCCGAGCGAAGGGGGAACAAGCUCUCCAGCAAGCAGCAGCGGCAGGCGGCCAAGUCUAGGCUGGGCGGGCACCUCGUCCACACCAUGCUAGACAGCGACGACGACGGCAACGACUCCGAUUCCGACGACGGGAAAGGGCGAGCCAAAGGCGGUAGAAAGAGUAGAGACAAGAAACGCAAGAGCCGCAAGGAGAAGAAGCGGAAGCACAGGGGGAGCGGCGACGACGAGGGCAGCUCGAGCGGUAGCGACGGCAGCGACGGCGAGGAGGAAAGCAGAGCCGACCGGAAGAGACGCAGGAAGGAUAAGAAGAAGGAGCGCCGCCAUCGCGGCGGCGGCGGCAGUAACGGCAAGGAAAAAUCCUCGUCUGAGAAGAAAAAGGAUAGGUCGGACAGGAAGGAGAGGAAGAAGGAGCGCAAGGAGCGACGCCGGAGCGAGAAGAAGUACACCCCACGACAGUAG